AUGGUGGAGGGUGCAUUGUCCAGUGAGGUAUUUCCCAGCCUGGCCGUCCUGGUGCUGUCGUGCCUGGCUGUGGCGCUGACCGCCCUGGUUGUAUGGAGCAUGGCCGUACAGGGGCCCGCCUGCCCCUCACUGCCCUGCCUGCCUUCACUGCCCCUGUUGGGCAGUCUGCUGAGCCUGAGGGGCAAACUCCCCCCUCACCUGCAGUUCACCGAGCUGGGGCGCAAAUACGGGGGCCUGUUCGGCCUCUAUGUCGGACCGCACUACACCGUGGUGGUCAACAACUUCAGGCAUGCCAGGGAGGUGCUUCUGCAGAAGGGGAAGGAGUUUGCAGGGAGGCCAAAAAUGGUGACCACAGAGCUGCUGAGCCGAGGGGGCAAGGACAUUGCCUUUGCUGAUUACAGCCCCCUGUGGAAGUCCCAUCGCAGGCUGGUGCACUCCUCUUUCGCCAUGUUCGGAGAGGGCACCAGCAAAUUGCAGACGAUUGUGUGUGAAGAAGCCACCGGUCUGUGCUCCCACCUCCUGGCAAGGGCAGGGCAGCCCCUGGACCCGGGUCCGGUCCUGAUGAGGGCAGUCACCAACGUGGUGUGCACCCUGGUGUUCAGCUCCACCUACCAGCCACAUGACCCUGAGCUCAAGGUCGUGAUGGAGUACAAUGAUGGCAUUGUGCAGACCAUAGCUAGGGGGGGUCUGGUGGACAUCUUUCCCUGGCUGAAGGUUUUCCCUAACAAGGACAUAAAGAGACUGAAGGAGUGCAUCAGCGUGAGAGAUAAACUACUGUGCAGAAAGCUGGAGGAGCACAAGGCCAGUUACAGACCUGAGGACACUCGGGACCUGCUGGACGCUCUGCUGAAGGGCCAGCUGGGCUCGGGAGAGGAGUCCACCAUCACAGACGAUCACGUGCUGAUGACUGCGGCUGAAGCCUUCGGUGCUGGGGUGGAGACCACCUCCACCACCCUGCUCUGGGUCCUGGCCUUCCUGCUGCACCACCCGGAGGUGCAGGAGCGGAUCCACCGGGAGCUGGACGAGCAGGUUGGGGACCGGACCCCCUCCCUGGCAGACCGAGGCAGGCUGCCCUACCUGGAGAGCACCCUGUGCGAGGUGAUGAGAAUCCGGCCCGUUAGCCCCGUGCUAAUCCCCCACGUGGCUCUGCAGGACACCAGCAUAGGAGGGCACAGCAUCUCCAAGGGCACCCGUGUGCUGGUCAACAUGUGGUCCAUUCACCACGACCCCCAGCAGUGGGAGGAGCCCGAGAAGUUCAAACCAGAGCGCUUCCUGGACAGCGAGGGCCACCGCUUCUCCCCGCCCUGCUUCCUGCCAUUUGGGGCAGGGCCCCGGGUGUGCGUGGGUGAGUCUCUGGCCAAGCUGGAGCUCUUCCUCUUCACCAGCUGGUUGCUCCAGCGCUUCACCUUCGGCGUGCCCCCGGGGGCCCCGCUGCCUGACCUCCAGGGGCGCUUUGGGGUCGUUCUCCAGCCACUGGGCUACACUGUGUCUGUCACCCCUCGCCCCGGUUGGACAGACCAGAGUGUGGCCACGUAG